UCACAAGUGUCCAAUUUAGCAUUCCAUUUAUUGUGAAAGCAUCUCCACGAAAUCAGAAGACACAAAACGUGUGGAGGGAGAGAGAGAGAUGGCCGGGACGGUGGAAACCGAUCCGAAACUUCAGCAAGACGGCGGAGCCGCCGCCGCCGCAACUUCAGAUGGUGGUGGGGGAGAUCCUUCGCAGAAGGCGGAGCUGGACGCCGGAGCACUUUUUGUUCUCAAAUCCAAAGGGUCGUGGGUGCAUUGCGGGUAUCACUUGACGACGUCGAUUGUGGCGCCGCCGCUGCUGAGCCUGCCGUUCGCGUUCACGCUGCUGGGCUGGGCCGGCGGGAUCAUGAGCUUGGUGGUGGCGGCGGCCGUCACUUUCUACUCCUACAAUUUGCUCUCCUUGGUUCUUGAGCACCACGCCGCAAUGGGCCGGCGCCAGCUCCGGUUCAGAGACAUGGCCAAUCAAAUCCUCGGUCCAAGAUGGGCCCGUUACUACGUCGGCCCAAUCCAGUUCAUGGUCUGCUACGGCGCCGUCGUCGCCGGCACUCUCAUCGGCGGCCAAUGCAUGAAGGCAAUUUACGUGUUGUCAAACCCACAGGGCACUCUAAAGCUCUACGUCUUCGUAACAAUCUUCGGCUGCUUCAUGCUGAUACUCGCACAAAUACCGUCGUUCCACUCCCUCCGCCACAUCAACUUGGCAUCUUUGCUCCUCUGCCUCGCCUACAGCGCCUGCGCCGCCGCCGCCGCCGUCCACAUCGGAAUCUCCUCGUCGAAGCCGAAGGAAUAUUCCCUCCCGGGGGACAGCACCGAGGGCAGGCUGUUCGGCAUGUUCAACGCCAUCGCCAUCAUCGCCACCGCGUACGGCAACGGUAUGAUCCCGGAGAUUCAGGCGACGGUGGCGGCGCCUGUGAAGGGGAAGAUGUUGAAGGGGCUGUGCGUAUGCUACGCGGUCAUCUUGGCGACGUUUUUCAGCGUGGGUAUUUCGGGGUACUGGGCUUUUGGUGACCUGGCCCAAGGGCUCGUGCUGAGCAACUUCGUGGAUAACGGGAGGCCCAUCGUGCCUAGAUGGUUCGUUUUGAUGACCAACGGUUUCACCAUGCUUCAGAUCUCCGCCGUGGCCGUGGUAUACUUGCAGCCGACCAACGAGGUGCUGGAAGGAACCUUCGGCGACCCAAAGAGCAAACAAUUCUCGGCGCGGAACGUCGUCCCGAGGGUGCUGUCGAGGUCGUUGUCGGUCGUCGUUGCUACCGUCAUAGCUGCGAUGCUGCCCUUUUUCGGAGACAUCAACGCGAUCAUCGGAGCUUUCGGUUUCAUCCCUCUGGACUUCAUCCUGCCCGUUGUUUUCUACAACAUGACGUUCAAGCCGUCCAAAAGGAGCCUUGUUUUCUGGCUCAACUCUAGCAUUGCCGUGGUUUUCUCGGCGAUCGGAGCUGUUGCGGCUGUUGCCGCCGUCAGGCAGAUGAGCCUCGACGCCAAGACUUAUCGGCUGUUUGCUAAUGUGUGACGAGUUUGACGACGAAUUUGACCUAUAGAGGCAUAUCAUAACAAUGUAUUAUUAUAGGGCGUAGUUCUCCAUUUCUACCCGAAACACGAAACAUAUCACAUAAAAGUGUUAUGUAUAUGGUAAAAACGGGUAUACUCUAGAAAUAUAGUAUAAUUCAAGUGAUCUGGAUGGAUGUUAAAUGUACUUUAAUGAACGGCAAAUGAAUCUGAACUAGCA